GUUGUAUUCCGUUGGUUGGAUUUUUUAAGCUUUCAAGAUGGCUGCACAGGUAGCACUCACGGUCGUGACCAGACUUGCGGUCCCGGCCAGAAGCACAGGAUUUUUAAAUCAUUUUAAAAAAGGAUUGGGCAUCGCUUCCCUCUCCAGCACCAUAUGUUCAGAUUUAUUUGGAAGACCAUUCAGUGCGGCGUCCCGCUUAAUGGGUCGAACGCAUGUGGACUGGAAGGCUAAGGGGGAUGUGGCUGUUGUUUACGUCAAUGAACCGAAAUCAAAGGUGAACAGGUGGUCAGGCCACAUGCAGAAGGAGAUGAUGGAGGUUAUGGAUGAGAUCUGGACCAAGGACUCAGUCGGAAGUGCUGUAGUAAUGUCCUCCAAGCCGAACUCUUACAUUACAGGAAUCGACUUAAAAAAUAUCAAGGCCUGCAAAACUGAAGUGGAAGCAAUUCUUCUUUCUCGGCAGUGGCAGGGCAUGAUGAAAAGAAUUGAGUUCUCCCCCAAACCUAUUGUUGCUGCUAUCAAUGGAUUGUGUUUUAACGCUGGAUUGGAGUUUGCCACAGCCUGCCAGUAUAGAUUGGCCACGAGGUGCAUUGAGACCAGUCUGAUCAGCCGUGAGGUCAGGCUGGGUCUUAUGCCUAGUGCUGGAGGUACACAAAGACUGACAAAAUUGGUUGGACCAUACAAUGCCUUGGAGGUGAUGCUGGAAGGUUACCGAAUCAACGCAGAUGCGGCAAAGAAAAUGGGCCUGGUGCAUAAGGUGGUUGACACAAAGGAUUUUAACUAUUUGGAGGACAUAGCUGUGAACUGUGCUCGAGGAAUUGUGAACAAAAGCAUUUCACUCACUCCACAAAUGAGCUGGGCCAUGAAACUACAAGAUUUUAAUCAUAGCUUUCCAACAGAGGCUAUGUUUAGGGAUGUGUGGGAAAAAGUCGUGAAAAGGGAAACGUACUUCACUGCUCCCCUAAAAAUUAUUGAGACUGUGCAGCUCGGUGUACAGCAGGGAUCCGCAGCAGGGUACCGAGCAGAGUCGCAUAACUUUGGCGAAUUAGUAAUGAGCCAUGAAACAAACGCGCUGAUUAAUCUGUACAGGGACCUGAGUAUAGCGCAACUCAAAAGGAGAACUUUAAAAUAAGACAACUUUAAUUGGUCCUCAUUUAGAUUAAUUUUUAAUACAAUUUACACACAAAAUAAAAGAUAAAAUUAUAAAUUCGAAUACAAAUAAAUAGAAAGUGUAAUCCCAGGUCGCUUGUUAUAAAAGAUUUGGAGGUAAAACGGCUGGCUAUUUUAGAAGCGGGUCUGAAGUCCGCUCUGGUAACAGUCGAUAAAAGAGACUAAUUGGUCCUCCGAUUCAGAUUUAAUCUCGGCGUCCGAAUCGGAGAUGGAGAGACUGGAGGCAAAUGUUAGUUCGAUAUUUGCAGCUCUAGAUUCGUUUGCCUCCAGCCACCGCUUCACUGAACGACCAUAAACUAAAGGGAGUGUUCACGCAAACACGCCUGCUCCGCAGAUUAUAUUAAACACCUCAUAGACUAAUACUGAAGGAGAUACAUGUAAGGAAAGCAGUGCAUCUUUUAAACGCUAUUAAAUGUAUGUGCAUAAUGUUCCAUCGCUUAUUUUGUCCAGUUUAGUUACAACAUGAUGUUGCUUUUCAAGUGUAAUUUAUUCACUUCUUGGGCCAGAACAAAUAAACAUCAGAUGAAGAGCUCUAGUCUCCUACUUUAACCCUCCUAUUAUGUUAAUUUGUCAGGAACACCAAUGCUGUUUCCGGGUCAUAUUGACCUGGUGCAUGUUUGGCCAUCCAAAAGAUGUCUGAAACAAAAAAAAAAUCCUAACAAGCACUGUAAAUGUUUCAUUACUAACUCCAUUGCUAAUUAUUCUAUCAAUAUUCAGUGCAACGGUGUCCAUUACCUCUAACAGGUAAUGGUUCAAUUAGGAUUAUUCACAUUUUUUAAAUAAAAAAUGCAUGUUCAUACAUUUUUAAAAAUGUUCACUACUUUGUUACUUUUCAAAGACCAAUAUAAAAACAUUAUGAAAAAUACGGAAAAAUACUUUUAACUAUUUUUCCUAGAUCUUCGAACUUUAAAAUGAGUCAAUUUGACCCGUAACAUAACAGGAACUGUAACUAGCCUGGCCCGAGCUGAUUCUAUACCCAAAAUGUUUAUCUCAAAAUCUUCUCAGGGCUUAAAUUAGACAUUAGAAAUUUGUCUAUCUACUGUCAGACAAAUGUUGGCAUGUGUUAAAUGUAUUGUAGAAAACACGUGCUAGUGACUAGCAUAAUGUCUUGACACCCCUUGUAAUGAAUACAUUUAGCUAAGUGGGAGAACCCAUUGCUGAAAGAUAUGUACAAUUGCACACACAGCUUGUCUAGUUAUAGAAAAAUACUGCCAAAAGAAAAGGCCAUUCUGGAGCAGAUAAACAUGAAUAUAUUGGCAGUAUGGAUUCCCAUGUGCGUGUAACUAAAAUGGCAAAACCUUAAACACCACACAGUCAGCAGGUGCACAGUUAAUCAGUCACGGAAUACCUCAGUUUUUACUCAGUUUGGUGCUGGAAUGGUGGUGCUUGCACAUCUCCCAGUAGUAGACGAAGAAAAUAUUGAUUUAGUUCUAUACCUAUAACACUAGGUUUAACAAUUUAUUCUCAUAAUUAUGAAAAUCAGCGCAGCACUGACGAAUGAGACCACUUGGGUGCGGUUUGGCCACGCUGAAGGGCUGAGUGAUGUCACCCAUUAAAUCAUUUUCUCCUAAUAACUCAAUAGCUAAAAUAGCACAACCGUUUAUUUUAACGCCACAAACCAGCACAAAAGCAGCACUAAGGAACGAG